GGGUGGAGGGAUUGCACUGCGGUAAUAUGGCUCUUCCUUAGCCAGCCGCGGCGGCCAGCGGGGAGCCGGGGGCCGACCAGCAUCUCUGGCGGCGGGUUUCUGGGCUGCAGGGCAGCGACAGCUCGUGGCUAGGAGGCAGGGGCGGAUGCCGGAGGAGCGCGUGCCCCGCCGCUUGGCGGCUCCCGGAUCGAGAUGAGCGCUUCAGCGCCGCUCGGGGGCCCGGUCCCCCCGCCGCCCCCGGGCCCGGCCACCGCGCUGCCGCCCGGUUCCGCCGCGCGGGCCCUGCAUGUGGAGCUGCCGUCUCAGCAGCGGCGUCUUCGACAUCUUCGGAACAUUGCUGCCAGGAACAUUGUUAAUAGGAAUGGCCAUCAGCUCCUUGAUACCUACUUUACACUUCACUUGUGUAACACUGAGAAGAUAUAUAAAGAAUUUUAUAGAAGUGAAGUGAUUAAGAAUUCCUUGAAUCCAACGUGGCGGAGCCUAGAUUUUGGAAUAAUGCCAGACCGUCUUGAUACAUCUGUGUCUUGCUUUGUGGUGAAGAUAUGGGGUGGCAAGGAGGAUGUCUAUCAGCUGUUGAUUGAAUGGAAGGUCUAUUUGGAUGGGCUGAAAUACUUGGGUCAGCAGAUUCAUGCCCGCAACCAAAAUGAGAUAAUUUUUGGGCUGAAUGAUGGCUACUAUGGUGCUCCAUUUGAACAUAAGGGUUACUCAAAUGCUCAAAAGAGCAAUCUUCAGGUGGAUCAGAACUGUGUUCGCAAUUCUUACGAUGUCUUCUCUUUGCUACGGCUUCAUAGAGCCCAGUGUGCAAUUAAACAGACUCAGGUAACUGUUCAGAAAAUUGGAAAGGAAAUUGAAGAAAAACUAAGACUCACAUCUACAAGCAAUGAGCUGAAAAAAGAAAGUGAAUGUCUACAACUAAAAAUUCUGGUGCUCCGAAAUGAAUUGGAAAGACAGAAGAAAGCUUUGGGUCGAGAGGUGGCAUUACUGCAUAAGCAACAAUUAUCAUUACAGGAUAAAGGAAGUGCAUUUUCAACGGAGCACCUCAAGCUUCAGCUCCAGAAAGAAUCCCUGAGUGAGCUGACGAAGGAGUGUACUGCAAAAAGAGAACUCUUUCUGAAGACAAAUGCUCAGUUGACAAUUCGUUGUAGACAACUGCUCUCUGAGCUUUCCUAUAUUUACCCUAUAGAUUUGAAUGAGCAUAAGGAUUAUUUUGUAUGUGGUGUCAAGUUGCCCAAUUCCGAGGACUUCCAAGCAAAAGAUGAUGGAAGCAUUGCUGUUGCCCUUGGUUACACUGCACAUUUGGUCUCCAUGAUUUCAUUUUUCCUACAAGUGCCCCUCAGAUAUCCUAUAAUUCAUAAGGGAUCUAGAUCAACAAUCAAAGAUAAUAUCAAUGACAAGCUGACUGAAAAAGAAAGAGAGUUUCCACUCUAUCCGAAAGGAGGGGAGAAGUUGCAAUUUGAUUAUGGUGUCUAUCUUCUGAACAAAAAUAUAGCACAGCUAAGAUACCAACAUGGACUAGGGACUCCAGACUUGAGGCAAACCCUUCCUAACCUGAAAAACUUCAUGGAACAUGGACUAAUGGUCAGGUGCGACAGGCAUCACACCUCCAGUGCCAUCCCUGUUCCCAAGAGACAGAGCUCCGCCUUCCGAGGUGCGGAUGGCGGCUUUUCCGGGGCCUUCCCUUCCCCAGACCCAGGACGCCGCAAGCGGGCCAGCUCAGAGAACGAGAGACUGCAGUACAAAACCCCACCCCCCAGCUACAACACGGCCCUGGCCCAGCCUGCCGCGGCCACGCCGCCCGGGGCGGAGUCAGAGAGAAAGGCAGCGGCGGCGCUGUCCUCCUCCUUGGACACCUCCUUGGACUUGUCCAAAGAAAGCAAGAAAAAAGGAGUGGAUCUGGAGGACAGCUUGAACAGAGAGUCCUUGAGCCUGCACACCAGCCAGGAGCAAGGAGAAGGCCUCGCCGGGCACUUGGCCACGGUGAAUGGAACGGUGCUAUCCGGCGAGCAGGCAGGCCCGGCCAUGGCUGCCCAGCUCCCGGGUGUGUUCCCCCCAGCCUCGGCCUCAGAGGCUGAGCUGUGCUGCACUGUGGAGCAGGCAGAGGAGAUCAUCGGGCUGGAAGCCACUGGCUUCACAUCGGGCCACCAGCUGGAAGCCUUCCACUGCAUCCCAGUGGACAGUGCGGUGGCCGUGGAGUGUGAUGACCAAGUCCUGGGGGAGUUUGAAGAGUUCUCCCGGCGAAUCUAUGCACUGAAUGAAAAUGUCUCGAGCUUCCGCCGGCCACGCAGGAGUUCUGACAAGUGAGGCGAACAAACACGCCCUCACUGGGGCCACCGCCCCUGACACACAGGGGGAAGCUGCACUCACCCUUUGUAAGAAUGAUGGCACACAAUACACAGAGCCAGAGGAGAUCCUCAGAGACCCAGGCUGGACAGUCGACGGGCAGGUCAGGGCCAAGGUCUGCGUUCACUGUCAUGAUUGGCAUGUCAGGCCCGAUGCUUGUUCCAAGGCGAAAGUCACCCUCUAGUUGCGAAGAGAGCUUGUAGCUCGAGUCACCUGGCACACAGCUGUGCUUUAUUUACACUUGUAUGUUAUCCCCAGAGGGAAGAUGAUAAUAUAUACAUAAUAUAAUGAACUCACCUUUAGUUUCUCGCAAGCAUCUGCCCUCUACCAUAGUUCGUGAAACUGUGGAGCCACAGAGUAUUCAGCAAUAGCUUUCUGCCAUUUCCUGAAAGGGCUGUGGCUGUCCAUCAGGAGAUUGGGCAAGAACUAUAAUAGAGGUCUCCUUGUACCCCAGACCCUCAUCCCCUGCCCCCAGGCACAACUGUAGCCCACCUAUAGACCCCUCUGUUGCCCCCACCUCCACAAUGGAUGGGCCGUACAGCCUGAGAACCGAGAAUGUCACAUUCACUGGCUCUUUAACUCCAUUGCUGGGAUAGUCCAUCUUACCCAGUCAACCCUGACCUCCUACUUCCUCCGCCCCACCCCAGUGUACCCCUCAGCUUAGAGAGUGUGCCUCCUGUGGAGCCCAGGCGGUUCUCCAAGACCCUGGGACCACUAUACUCAGAGGGCAGCCAGUCCCCCAGGGGCCAAAGUGUUCAAGCGGGCAGAUGCUGCGUGCAAGAACCAGGCAUGCUUUCUGGCCGUGCACUCGGCAGACAAAAAAAAAUCCCUGUGUGUGAAUCCCAUGCUAAUUUAUGAAAUUUCAAUCUGAAGGAAGACAUUGAACUCAUAUCUGCUGAAACCUAAGUAGAGACGGCAGUCGGACUAGUGGGAUUAGAGACUAGAUGAGGCAUAGAAUGUUAUUGGUUAUGUGUGCAAUUUCAGAAAUAUUAAAUUAUGUUUUUGAAUUCCAGUUUGUCAUUCCUGCAUUCAGAAUUCAUUUGCUGUUGCUUUACACAUUAUGUACCCAAGGACAUUGCCUCAGGGUUGCAAACUCCUUAAGGAAAAUUUAUCUAUAUAUCCAUGUAUUAUAUAGAAGAAUAAAAACUGAUUACUUCACUU